ACCUUCAAUUGCUCAAGCAGUCGUGGUGGAUAAGAUUAUCUAGCACUGUUAACUCUUGAGUUCGUCAUGCGGAGACUGGAGAGACCCGGCCCGACAAGAAGAAUUUGUAGAAACACUGAAGUAUUUUGAUCUCCCACGAAGUGACCCUUGACCCUUAUGACGAUAGUGGAACUCCAAACCAAUCACAAGGCUGAAUACAGAAAAUACAAGGCCUCAGGUACGCCUAUAUUGAACAGUAGAGAGGGGGUAGGACGUAACCAAGUUUUGUGAAUCGGUUUACGUUUGUAGGUUAGCCGACUUUCUUUGGCUUUACCUACAUAGUGUAUAAUAUGGCUACAACAGUGUGUGUUAGUGCGUUCGAUCGUGUACGGAUGGUAUUACAAUAGACAAAACCGUACCCAGGAAACCCUGGCCUAGUUGUAAACACAACCAUGUGAUUGACGCUGUAGUACGGAGUCGGGUCAAUACCGAAACGCGCGGAACUAUUGGACAUCACGAUACCGGCGCUCCGUCAGAUACCGGGAUAGCGCUUUAAUCCCAGUCAUCCUACCGUGCCAUACGAUCUCAGUGUGCUGUGUCGCCAGAACGGGUCAAAUAUUUACCUACUAGUUUAUGGAUCCGUACGUGUAUGCAUUCAAGCCUGGGCUGGGAAGUUUGUCAGCUGAGAGCUCCCGUGUUCUCCAGUAACACUUCUUACCUAAGCUUCCUAUCGGAAACAUCAAACUGGAUUCGCUCCGCCAAAGUUUCUCCUCCAAACUGUUCCCAUGUUCAUCGUCGUCCACAUGUAGGUCUAGACGGACAAAAGGAAAAACCAAAGGUGGUUUCAGGAAGAUGUCGGUCGAGCCGAGCUGUGGUGACAGACAGUCUCCGGAACAGUCGGAGGAAUAUUCCAGGAUGGAGCGUUGGAUGGACGACCAUCCGGAAUUCGUCCACGACUAUUUUGCCCGGAAAGCAAAAAAGAGCAUGGUAGACGGUUGGCUUCUGGCGCAUGCCUUUAACCACAGUACCGGCCUCCACGUCCAGUCGGAUAAUUCUAGUGAUUCGAACUCAAGAAACAACUCUGGAACGAAUACACCGGUUAGGAAAAUAUCUGCUCAAGAAUUCGAUAAAGGGGAUACUCUGGACCCUAUAGUAUCAACAGUUGAUGGGUUGCCCACUUUUCUGGGUCCUUCAUCUGUCCCGUCCAGUCAAAGCAGUACCAACAACAAAUGCCAACGUCGCUCGCGAAGCGAACUUAAGGCGCUAGACGAGAAGGAACUCAUGUACGAAUUGGUGAUUGACAUAUGUAACGACCUGGACGUCACAAGUUUGUGUCAUAAAAUACUCCAAAAUGUGUGUAUACUCCUGGACGCUGACAGGUGCUCCCUCUUCCUCGUGCAUGGUAGUGGUACGGAGGAGAAACAUCUUGUGUCCAAACUAUUUGACGUUAACGCCGAAACACCGUUAGAAGAAGUGUCGGAAAAUCGAGAGAGUAUCCGAAUAGCAUGGGGAACGGGAAUAAUAGGAUAUGUGGCGAAAACGGGAGAGCCACAAAACAUUCCGGAUGCUUACAAGGACCCCCGAUUCAGUGAUGAAGUUGACAUCAGGAUGGGUUAUAAGACCAGGAGUAUGCUUAGCAUGCCAGUCAAGGACUGCACUGGCAAAGUGAUUGGUGUGGCUCAGGCAGUCAACAAAAGUAGUGUCCAGAAUGAACCCUUCAAUGACCAUGAUGAAAAGGUAUUUGGUUAUUACCUGGCAUUCUGUGGAAUUGGGUUGAAAAAUGCUCAGCUUUAUGAAAAAUCACUUUUGGAAAACAGAAGAAAUCAGGUUCUGCUUGACUUGGCACGUGUUAUCUUUGAGGAGCAGAGCAAUGUUGCCAACCUCAUCUACAAGAUAAUGAUGCAUACACAGUCCUUGUUGCAAUGUCAACGCUGUCAGGUGAUGCUGAUUGAAGACCUAUCUAAGGACAAAAACAAAAAGCUUACUAUCAAAAAAAGCAUGGGCAUAUUUUCUCAGGUGUUUGAUCUGGAAAACACAGAUUUUGACAACAGUGAUACAUUCAACAGAGAGUGGCCUGCCGAGCCACGGUUUCCUAUACAUAUCGGAAUCUCAGGUCAUGUAGCUACAACAGGGGAGACACUCAAUAUUCCAGACGCUUCCAAAGACAAGAGAUUUUACAUGAAGGCUGAUGAGGAGAGUGGCUUUGUAACGAAAUCCAUAUUAUGUAUGCCGAUCAAGAAUUCCUGUAACCGAGUGAUUGGGGUAGCACAGUUGACCAAUAAACUGGAUGGCACCGCAUUCAACAAGAAUGAUGAGAACCUGUUUGAAGCUUUUGCAAUCUUCUGUGGAAUGGGAAUCAACAAUACUCAAAUGUAUGAGACAGCUGUCAGGGCAAUGGCUAAACGAAGAAUCGCCCUGGAAUGUCUCUCCUACCAUGCAACUGUCCCAGCUGAUGAGGCAAACAAACUCAAGACAAUUACCAUCCCGUUGGCCACUGAGUACAACUUACUCGACUAUUCGUUCAGUGACUUUGGGCUGGAUGACGACGACACCCUCAGGGCUAGCAUAAGAAUGUUUCUUGACCUGAACCUGGUGGAGCGCUUUCGUAUUAACUAUGAAGUGUUAUGUCGAUGGCUGAUGAGUGUGAAGAAAAACUACAGAAAUGUCACAUAUCAUAACUGGAGACAUGCAUUCAAUGUGUCACAGACAAUGUUUUGUAUGCUCAAGAAGGGACAGAUGGACAAUGUGUUCACAGACAAGGAGCGGCUAGCUUUAAUGGUAGGCUGUCUCUGCCAUGACCUCGAUCAUCGUGGAACCAACAAUCAGUUUCAGAAAGAGUCAAUGUCCCCUCUAGCUGACCUGUACUCUACCUCGACAUUAGAACACCACCAUUUUGACCAGUGUAUUAUGAUACUCAGUACCAAGGGAAAUGAUAUUUUAUCCAACUUGAAACAAAACGAAUAUGAAGAAGUAAUUAACUUAUUGGAAGCAGCAAUACUAUCAACUGACCUGGCUCUCUACUUCAAAUUCAGGGGAACAUUUUUUGACCUCGUUGACAGUGGAAAGGCUGACUGGAGUUCGCGGGAGGACAGAGAUCUGUUAAGGUCAAUGAUGAUGACUGCGUCAGAUGUGUCUGCCAUCACCAAACCCUGGGAUGUCCAACUGGCGGUUGCUGAUCUCAUAGCAAAUGAAUUCUUUGAACAAGGUGAUAUGGAAAAAGCCCAGUUUAAGAUCAAACCUAUGGAUAUGAUGGACAGAGAUAAGAAAGAUCGACUACCUGACAUGCAGGUUAAUUUCAUUGAUGUAAUUUGUAUGCCUAUCUACAAGGCAAUGUCUGAUGUAUCGCCUCACAUGAAUCCACUGUUAGAAGGAUGCAAGAAAAACAGGCACAACUGGCACAGCAUGUCAUCUCAUACAGACAAACACUCAGAGGAUGAGAAGGAAAAUGAAAAACAGAAUGAGGAAGAGAAACAUUCGGAGGAGAAAGCAGAGAUGUCUACAUCAUGACACUAGUGGAUCGACCCUACACAUUCUGUAGUCCCAUUGUUUUACCACUUAAAUACCAAUUUUGUUCAUGACUCUGAUCUUCAAAUGUGUUAUUUACCCAAGAAAACCUGUCUUCAAUGUGUUGUAGUAAUUUGUGGUGUGCCCUACAAUCAUGUAAAAAUUAAGUGGAGCUCUCACACCAAGUUUUCUCCCCUUGAUAUUGUUAUCAGUAGACAGUUAAGUGGGGCUGUCACACCAAGUUUGUCUCCCCCUGACAUUGUUGUCAUUAGACAAAAAGAUGUGGCUGUCACAUCAAGCUUGUAUCCCCUGAUAUUGUUAUCUGUAGACAGUUUAGUGGGGCUGUCACACCAAAUUUGUCUCCCCUUGACAUUGUUAUCAUGACAAAGAGGUGUGACUGUCACAUCGAGCUUGUUCAUCUCAUGUAUUACUGUUAUAAGUAGACAAUUAAAUUAGACUGUCCCCAUCCCCCACCACACUGUUAUCAAUGAGGUAUGGUGGGGAUUUUAUCCUCUCGCAAUGUUUUAUGUAUGUGUUACCAAGCAACCAUUUGUAACGUAGAUUUGAGAUCUCAGGAUUAUUUAUGAAAGUGUUAUUUAUUUCUGUUUCUAUAUUUUUAGCUGUAUUAUUUAUUAUUAAGAACACAAAUAUGUUGUGAGGGGUCUGUUUGGUAAGCUGUGUCUUUGGUACUGAGGUACACACUGCCAGCUCUCGUACAAUGACAAUUGGUUGUUGUGUCUGGGUAAAGUUAUACCUUCAACUGGGAGUCAAGACAUUUCUGUGAUGACAGUGAUGAGAUGUUGAACAAAUUUCCCUAUGUGAACAGUAAUAGUUAUUGUAGGUCUUGAUAUUAAACUGCAUUUAUUUGUAACAACAUUACAGGUAACUUAAUAGUUUUUACUAAGCCUUAUAGGGCAUAUGUAGUACAUAUGAACCAUGAUUCUAGUAUAGUAGAUUCAACGGAUUAUUCUUCAUCUGCAAAGUCAUUCCAGUUUGACUUUUCUGUAUUUUCUGAAGUUUUAAAAAAUUGUACUUCACUAUUUGGAAAGUUAUAAAGCGUACACAUAUGGCUAUGGAAUACAUAGUCCAUUUACCAGUACAAAUGUU